AUGGCCGUCCAGUCAACCCUUCGGCGUCCGGAGGAUCCCCUCCUGACAUUAUAUCGCCAUUACUCCGAUCUCAUACGCUCCAAGUUCUACCGCACAUCCAAAACCACCCGCUUGAUUGCAACGAUAGCCCUUCUUUUCUCCAUCAUCGGCUCGGGUUAUGGAGGCUAUACGUGGUUCCGAGCGAGAGCCAAGGAGCGGGCCCAGGGUAGCCGUCUAUUACGCCGAAACUCUGGUAUCCGGGGCAAAGAUGGAUCUCGAACUAUAUACGUGCCAUACAAGGACUCCCUGACUUCCAAGGUCUUGAUCCAUCCCACCAAACCGACUACUUUUGACGCUCAUCGACGACUAUUCCUCAACCCCCCGGCAUCGAGUCGCAGCAAAGAUGAUGGCUCAGCAAGCCAGAUCCCUCCCCCUACAACCAAACCAGGUCUGAAUUUGGCAUUCUUGCAUCAAUUCUUGAGUUUGGGUAGUAUCAUGGUCCCGAGAUGGGGGAGCAAAGAGACUGGGUUGCUGAUGAGCCACGGCCUUUUUCUCUUGAUGAGAACAUAUCUUUCACUGUUGAUUGCACGGCUUGACGGUGAGAUUGUAAGAGAUUUGGUCGCUGGGAAAGGAAGGGCUUUCCUUUGGGGUAUCUUCAAGUGGUGUGGAAUUGGAACCCUUGCUUCAUAUACCAAUGCGAUGAUCAAAUUCCUUCAAUCCAAGGUGUCCAUCGCCUUCCGCACUCGAUUGACCCGAUAUAUCCACGACCUAUACCUAACUGACAAUAACAAUUACUAUAAAUUGAUGAACUUGGACGGCGGAAUCGGUCAAGGGCCCGAUCAAUUUAUCACGCAGGAUCUUACCCUGUUCUGCUCGGCUGCCGCAUCACUAUACUCCUCAAUGGGAAAGCCGUUAGUGGAUCUUUUCGUAUUCAACUACCAACUUUACCGAUCCCUCGGCCCCCUUGCCCUCAGCGGCAUUUUGGCUGGGUACUUCAGCACAGCCGUGUGGAGGGCAAGAAAGAGGGGGGAUUUCCGUGGCCUGCACUCUCGACUUUUAGCCAAUGCCGAAGAGAUCUCGUUCUACGGCGGAGCCGAUACCGAGCGGGUGUUCCUAGUCCGAAGCUUCAAGGAGCUGCAGCGAUGGAUGGAGGGCAUUUACAGUCUCAAGAUCCGCUACAACAUGCUCGAGGACAUGAUCCUGAAGUACUCCUGGUCGGCAUUUGGUUAUUUGAUAACUUCUCUACCCAUCUUCCUCCCCGCCUGGGGUGGCUCGGGUGGUGCAAUGGAGUUGGCCGAUGUACCCGAGGGUAUGGGUCGCGAGCGUGGCCGCAUGAAGGAAUUCAUCACUAACAAACGUCUCAUGCUUUCGCUCGCCGAUGCUGGAGGCCGCAUGAUGUACAGCAUUAAGGACAUAUCCGAACUCGCUGGCUACACCUCCCGCGUCUACGGCCUCAUUGCCACCUUGCACCGUGUCCACGCCGAUGCGUAUUACACCCCACGGGGCUCGCAUCCCGAGCUAUAUUCUCUUGCGGAUGUCCAAGGCACCACCCACAACGGCUUCAACGGGGUCCGUCUAGAGCAGGUCCCGAUCGUUGCCCCAUCCCUUUACCCAAUGGGCGGCGACGAGCUCAUCGAGUCGCUCUCAUUUAUCGUCCAUUCGGGCGACCACCUCCUUAUUUCAGGUCCAAAUGGCGUAGGCAAGUCUGCAAUCCCGCGUAUUGUGGCAGGGCUCUGGCCCGUAUACCGCGGACUGGUUAGUCGCCCUCGGGGCUUCGGCCUCGACGGAAUCAUGUUCCUCCCCCAGCGGCCAUAUCUCAGCGUCGGCACUCUGCGCGAUCAAGUGAUCUACCCGCACACGGAGCUUGAUAUGCGCGAAGCUGGCGAGACAGACGCAGCUCUACAGAAGAUUCUCGACGACGCCCAUCUUGGCUAUCUGCCACAGCGUGAAGGUGGCUGGGACGCUCGCAAGGAGUGGAAAGAUGUUCUAAGUGGUGGUGAAAAGCAGCGCAUGGGCAUGGCGCGGCUCUUCUACCAUGAGCCGCGGUAUGCAUUCAUGGACGAAGGCACUUCGGCUGUUUCCUCGGAUGUCGAGGGAUUGCUGUACGACAACGCCAAGGAGCGAGGUAUCACUCUCAUCACCAUUUCGACGCGGGCGUCUUUAAAAAAGUACCAUACUCAUAACCUGACUCUUGGUCUGGGUGCCGAAGGCGAGGCCUGGGAGUUCGAGAGAAUCGGUACUGAGAAGGAGAAGCUUGGUGUUGAGAAAGAACUUCAAGAGCUGCGGACGCGUCUGGAUAAGGUGGACGAGUGGAAGCAGCGCCGCGAGGAAAUUGAUCAGGAGCUUCAGAAGGUGUGGGCUAAUGGUAGUGAAGUUGCACCGCCGCCUUAUCAGGAGGAAGAGCACUCUAGCUCUGAGGCUCUAACUGGGGUAACAGCGAAUUAA